UAACAUACAAAAACAUGGAGAAUGGAAGAUUUGUAGAAGUUAAAUAGUACAUUGUGGAAAGCAAAAUACUCUUGAUGUGGCUCGUUAGCCUAUUGAUUAGUGUUAAGUGAGAGUUCAUAACAUACGUGCGUUGCAAAACAUGAAUACAUUUGUAAACAUAUAGGCAUGAAUAUGUAUUCAUACAUUUUGACGUUAAUGCUUUUGGUUAGGAAUUACAGGUGGCGCUUCAAAGGAUACAAAAAAGUUUCACGAGAGGGCUCUCUUUGUCCUAUAUAUUAUACUACUCUUUGCUUCCCUCUUAAUGUUUAGGCUUUACUCAAUAAUAACACUGAAUUUGUUAUAAUAAAGCGACAUAAAAUAGCUUACAAUACAAUCCAGUCAGUGACCUAAAACAAUACGGUUAAAUUCAUAAAAAAAUAAUGUGGGUAGUUCAACCCCGCUGUGUGAUUUUUAUGCACCCAACCGGCAUCAUUUAUCUUCAACAUAUUAACGGUCGCGCUGGUCGUGCCUGGGAGCAAUUGCAAUAAAACAGGAAUAAGAUAAAGAUAAUUAGUGUUUUAUAGAUUUAGACGUAGUGCGCAAAAUGAACAAAGAAAAUGUACGAGCCAAAACAAGGAUCCCGUUACCCCUGGCACCUCUGCCACCUUUGCCGAAGCAUUUGGUAAGUAAAUUAAGCAAGAGGCGCCCAUUGAAUACCCUAGCUGGCCCUAAUGGACUCGAUCAUCCUGUGUCCUCUUCGAAUUUGCUGUGCAUGGCUGGCCCAAGCAAUUCACAAACCAAAAUCGUUCUCAAGGAGCCAAAGAAAACUUAUACAAUUGACACCAAAUUCGUAACAGUGCGACGGGGUUGUAAAGAUUUAAACUCUGUUGUGUACCAAGAUGAUAAGAAAAGAACUUCAACGUCGAGCGUCAUUACUAUUAGCAGUGAUGAGGAAAAUGACACAGACCAAAAUGAUUUUCAUCUUAUUGAUAAACAUGGCCUUGCUAAUAAGAAACGGCUAUCAGCAAGUCUCCCGGAUCUUAACGCGUUGGUUCCAGCCAGCGGGAAGAAUAUAACGCCAAGCUCGAAGAUACCUCAUAGCAGGGGGCGGCAAGGUUUAACACCACUGGAAAAUCAGGGAAGGGUUCAUGAGAGGAUGCAGUCACCUGAUCUAUUUCAAAGAUCGUACAUCCCUAGUAUGGACACGGAUGGAAUUCAAUACCUCUUACAUGUCGAAACGAAACCAGUGGCACUUCCACCGGUGAAUAGCGAGACGAGAUCGCGCAUUAUCAACUGGAUGAUGAAAAUUAACGGCACAGUCGGCAACCCAGCCACCAUUCAGGCCGCGGUGUGGUACCUGGACACGGUGCUGGCUACAUGCAACGUGCCAAACAACGUGCAGCUAGAGGCUGCGGCCGCCUACUUGAUCGCGUCCAAGCACCGCGGGCCGCGCACACGUACGUCGAAGCUUAUCACAUGCGCCGGAUUCGCCUUCACGAAGGAGAAGCUGCUGGAGAAGGAGUUAGACAUAUUGCUUACAUUGAAAUUCCCGUGCCAACCAGUAGUGCCUCAAGACUACAUCUGUUACUUCGCUUGGUGGUGCAAAGAAGAACGGGCUGGCGAGAUCGAAGUAGCCUCUACGUUCCUCUGCCUCUGCGGGAUGAUGGUUGACAAGAGCCUCCGUCCCGAGUACCCGUCCGUAGUCGCCGCGGCGUCUGUCAAGAAUGCUUUGUUGUUGUUGAAGAGAAAUGAGCUGAUGCCGCGAUUGCAUAGGUGUCCGGCAUUCGCUGCUGCUGAAGAAAAGGCCGAUAAUAUGAUACACACGUGCGUCAUUCUUCGCAACGCGGUGCGCGAGGUGGCUUCAAAUAACUACACCUACAUGUUCAUACUCGAACAGUACGGGAUGCCGCCGAAGUACAUCGCGCAAACCCUCGUGGAUGCGGCCCGCGAGCGCUCUGUCAUGGACUCUAUGAUUACCACUCAACAUGUAUGAAGAAAACAAACUGUACCUUUACACAUGACAGUAAAUUAUGCUGUAU